AAAUGCGUCCAUCAGGAAAUGCGUACUUCAGGAAAUGCGUACAGGUGAUACAUGCUUUAGAGGUGCCCAGCUCUUUUAAAUGAAUGAGUCCAGCACAAGUAGACAAGUUUAGUGUUGUGUCUAACAAAUAAUUGCAGUAUCAUUGUUUGAUUGAUAUCGUUUAGGGUCUAAGAAGGCUAACCGAGGAUGGAGCGCCCUUCAUCUUGCUGCAUACUUCGGACACUGUGAUGUUGUGGAUCUACUUGCACAGGCAGGUGCCGAUGUUAACAUCGUGAACAGGGUGGGUGACACUCCACUGCACCAGGCAGCAUUCACUGGACGUAAGGAGGUUGUUCUCUGUUUGUUGAGGCAUGGGGCAGAUGUACACCUUGUUAAUUCUGAAGGCCAUACCUCGAAAAACCCUGGCCAAGACAGCAGAGAUCUGUAACAUGAUCAAAGCUGCUGUUUCUUCAGACUUGAAAUUAGUGGAAGAUAAAUUCCUGACAGCUGCCAGGUAUGGGGAUAUCAGCACCAUGACUGAACUGAUGUCACGGUCUGUCCCGCCCAAUAAAAACUGUACAGAUAUUUUUGGAAACACUGCUUUGCAUAUUGCGGCUCAGAGAGACAGAAAAGACGUGGCUAUAUUCCUCCUGCAGCACGGCAUUGACACCUCUAUUAAAAACAUCAAAGGCCAGAGAGCAAACAGUUUAGCACGCAGUGUUCACAUGAAACAGCUACUGGGCGUGCGACCUCAGAAAGAUCAUCAGACCUUACCUCAGAGAUGGGAGGGGCCUGUAGCUAAGAAGUCCAAACUGAUGGGUUACCGUGUUUUCUGGGUAGUGUUGGAAAGAGGCGUCUUAUCAUACUUCAGAAAUAGGGGAGAUGCCAGUACGGGCGUGAAAAGAAAAUUGAUGAAAUAUUUAGAUCAGGCCAAAGUAACGCCUGAAGCAUCGUCAAAGAGUGAGUUUAAGAUUGAGUUUUCUGAUGGGACAACACACAGGCUGGCAGUGGAGGUGGUCAAUGGGGGUACUGUUAACAGACAGAAACUGCUGAACGCUCUCCAGGACCAUGUGGCAUACAGCACACACUACACCUGUCAAGGCGGAGACUUCAUUGAUGAUGACAAGGAGGAUGACCAACCAGCAGCCAGCUCCAUGUUUGAUGCACUGCAGACGGCCCGUGCUCAUCAUGAGGUCCUUGAGAAGGAAGUCGCUCAAAUGGCUGUCCUCUUCAACAGUUUUCAUGACGAAAAGCAGUUGUCAAAGCCAGCUAAUCUACAGGCCAUCAGCCAGAGGAUGCUUCUUGUUCUCCAGUGCUCACGAGAAACCAGUCACUCUCUCUCCAACUGCCUUAGUACCUUUACCCAUCAAGAAGAGGUGAGGAAAUUACAAUUAAAAGAAGAAAUGGAGAAGUCUCGAGUGUUGGAGGAAGCUUUGCACGCUUUAGCAACAGAGCACCACGAAAUGGAAAGAUCACUUGGUUCUCGUCAUUCCCUGAAUAAAAUAUAUGACACAGAUGACGACGAAUUUUACGACUGUACAGAUGAGGAAGAUGCUAAUAAUGAUGAUAGUCGAGACAGGACAAACUCCCACACCAGUGAUAAUUUUGAGGAUGCCCAUUCAUUUGAUGAUGCCAGUUUCCACACUAUUAAUGGAGACGGAUUAAGUGGGGCCGAUCUGCUCGCAGAUACACAUGGGGUGACAGAGACUGGUGAUCACUGCCAGGAGAAUGUACAAUCCAGGAGCAAAUCCAUGGGGCAAUCAAAACAAGAAUGCAUUGGGAGAACGCGUCUUCCUGUGCCGAUGUUUUCUAGGAACGACUUCAGUAUAUGGAGCAUUCUGAAACAGUGUAUAGGAAAGGAACUCUCCAAAAUAACGAUGCCGGUGAUAUUUAAUGAACCCCUCAGCUUCCUCCAAAGACUCUCCGAAUAUUUACAAUACGCAGAUUUAAUAAAUGACGCUUGCAAAAAAGAUGACGACUUAGAACGAAUGCAGCUAGUAUGUGCCUUCGCCGUAUCAGCCAUUUCAUCAAACUGGGAAAGAACAGGGAAACCUUUCAACCCUUUGUUAGGGGAAACCUAUGAGUUAAAUAGACCGGAUUUGAACUUCUGCCUCGCGAGUGAGCAGGUCUCCCAUCACCCCCCAGUCAGUGCCUUCCAUGUCCUCUCCCCAGACUACACAUUCCACGGCUCCACCCUGCCUAAACUCAAGUUCUGGGGCAAAUCGGUUGAGGUGGUGCCCAAAGGGACAGUCACACUCAAUCUGUUGAAACACAAAGAAAGCUACAGUUGGCAAAAUGUGAACUGCUGCGUUCAUAAUGUGGUGGUUGGAAAACUUUGGGUGGAACAUUACGGUGUUAUGGAAGUAGUGAAUCACAAGACAGGCUGGAAGGCCAAACUGAACUUCAAACAAGGCGGCUGGUUUGGCAAAGAUCUCCACGCUGUCGAAGGGUACAUUUAUGAUGCAGAGAAAAGGAAAGUGAAAGCGCUGUAUGGGAACUGGGUGAAGGGUCUGUUUGCCGUGAAUGUAGACCAGUAUACGGAAUCUGUCUCGUCCUCAGGGUCACGUUCAGAACACAGCACUCCCCGGAAGUCUAAGCACACAAAUGGCUCCAAACAUUCCCUGGAAGAUGAUGAUAUACCACGUGUGGAUUCCCACUUUGACCUUAAUAUCCCGGGUCAGCAGUGUCUGUGGAGGGCACACCCACGUCCCUGUCACUCAGAACAGUACUUCAACUUUACAACAUUUGCGAUGAUGCUGAAUGAACUGACAGAUGAGAUGAGGGAGGGGCUUCCACCGACAGACUCGAGGCUACGCCCGGACAUCCGCCACCUGGAGGAGGGCAUGAUUGAUUUGGCUGCAGAGCAGAAAAACCGACUGGAAGAAAAACAGAGGGCAGCGAGGAAGGAGAGAAAGAAGAAGAAAGAGGAGUGGGUUCCAACAUGGUUUCAUUGGGAUGUUAACCCUGUGACUGGGAAAGAAGACUGGCUUCUGAAAGAUGACUAUUGGCAGAGGAAGUGGGACACAUGUCCAGACAUUUUUUGACCAAUCAUUGGUAGCUGAGAUAUUUGCUGCAGCUCUGUCUUAACAGCAGACAGUUUGACCAAUCACAGGUGGCUGAGAUAUUUUCUGCGGCUCUGUCAUAGUAGCAAGAUUAUCAGCAUAAUAUGGAUCAGAAUCUGCUGAAUUAGUUUCAGAUUUAUGAGAUUAUAGACAAAACCGUGUUGAUUGAGCAACGGCAGGCUGGAUGGAUGAAAACAGAAGAAAGUUACUGAAGGAAAAGACCCAUGGAAAGAUGAAGCCAGAGCUGAUAACGCACCUCCUGCAAAGUGUUUUAUUGAUAAUAAGAUCAUGACAUGAUCUAAUUCUUUGAGUAGAGAAAAUGCAAAACUGAGUGGAAUUUCAAACAAGAUCAGCCGUAACAUAAUUUGUCUCAGUACAACAUUGCGAUAAUAUCUACUGAUAAGGACAAGGUAAACCUCUCUGGGGAUAAGAUACAUUUGGUCUGACUGAAAGAUGACAACCUACAAGAGGCCUGGCACUAGGGGACUGAUAUUUGUGAAGAUCUGUUAAAGGGAGGUAAUUCAUUCAGCUGUGAGUGAAGUUCUCCAUAUGAUAAGCUGCAGAUACUGUGACAUAACAUCUUGUUGCCACCUGUUAGCAGUUAGGAAGGUGCUUGUUGGGUUUUGGACAUUUAGAAAAUGUGAUAAUUUUGUUUUGUUUUUUAAUGAAGGUAAUGGAUAUUUUUUAAACUCAAAUGAGACAUACAUAGUACAUUAUCAUCAGAAACGUUUAUGGCGUAGCAAGGUCGUGUAAGAAACUUACAAAGAUCAGCAUGUCGAAUCAAGUGUAUUCUACACAUACAGCUUCAU